GCCCAAGCCAUACACCAAGACAAUGUCCGUUGCCCGUUGAUCUCUGCUAUGGCGCAAAGCUCCGUGCCUUUUCCCCGCCACGUGGGUUCCCCAAGCCUCGAACGCAGAUAAGCUAUGCUACUGAGAUCCUUGGAUCUGGGCCGGGCCCAUUUUCUCUCCCUGAUCCAUACCGAUACCCAGCCGCAGUACCUCAUCGCCGUGCGGUGAUGCCGUGCGGCACAAUGUACACAGUACGAGACCUCAGGGCUCCCCUCCCCUAUCGUUCCCAGCUGCCAGGCCCCAGCUGGCCACGGAUUCCUUGCUACUGGCCGCGGAUGGCGUUCCUCUCUGCUGGGUGUAGAACAGGGACACAACAACGACAACGGGCAGACAAUAGGAGAACAACGUCCCCCUCCCCCUUCAAACAUGCUGACUCGGACCACAUGGGACCGGAUAGAGAUAGAGUAAAUGCCAUGCUGCAGCCCAGUUCCCUGGCCGCUACCUGCUCUAGCCUUUGGACCUUGCCUGGUCUGUAUAAACGGCACCACCAUUGUCCAUAUUCGACUUGGCGUUCAAACCUUCGCGCUUCCCCAUGGACGACAUCGUACGAUUCUAUAUGGAUUUGAGCCUUUUCCCUUCGCUUCGCCAUGCUUUGUGGACGAGAUCCCUCACCUAGUCCACCGAUUUGCUCCGGUUUCCCACGCUCCAUUCCGCAUGGUCACCGGGUCCAGAUCUGGUUGGAUCUCAUCAAACGAUCUGACACCCGUGUCUGCGCAAGGGUGCGUUUCCAUCCGUCUCUGGCCGCGUUACCGCCCAACCGGCUCGCCAAUCUCCAAGCAUCAACUUGUCACAUCUGACGGCGUGUGUAUCGACCUCGUACCGUGCGCCAAUGGUCUUGGUGGGCAUCAUCGCAGCCGACCUUUGGUGGCCCGUAACAAGUCCACAAUACCAUUCCUACGGCCGUUCGCCAUGCCUGCCCGCUGCCGCUGCCAAACAUCCACAGCACAUGGCGAUCCAACAGCCAAUACGAAUAUUCAAAGUCAGCUAGUGGUCGCAACAUCGCCUCGCGUUGCUGAACCAGUCCCAAAUUGCUCACAAUCCCGUGCGCAAGAAACUAGAUCCUGCCUCGUCAAUAGCGUGGUCCGUAAAGACCUCGCAUCGCACGUCCAGCCCAGCCUGCUACGUCAUGAUGGUCCAGCAAUCGAACCAUGGCGCCUCGCAUCGAUCAAGUCCGCUUGGGGCUGCCACCUCCAGCCCGCCUCAGCCUGCCCACACGACUCCCACGCGACAUGUCAGGGUGGUGGCCUUUCCGAACGCAGCGACAUGGCCAUACCAAAAGCAAGGCUGUCGUGAAAGCGCCGCCUUCUCUCCCUGCCUCAUCAAAUGCCGUGGCGGCGACGCUAUCGGUAUAGGAACGUAAGGAAAUGAGGCACAGUUGGGUUCUCAAGUUCAGGACUGUACUUCCAUGCAUGACCGUUCAGCCUCCGUCUCAUUCGCUCAAAGACUCUUCCAACCUAGUAAGGGGUCAAGGACAGCGAUGGCUUCGAUCUGCGGUCCCAAGCCUAGACGAUGCGGUCCGCUAGUCCUGCCACAUCACUCGGCAGAGCUUAAACCGCCUAGCUGAACUGCACAGUUGCACACGAUCUCUCCACGAGGGCUCCAAGUGACAGGUCGUGGCUUGGCUCUGGUUUGAAGAUGAUGCCCGAACCCCC